AUGACAGGAAAAGGCAAAGUUGUUAAGUGUUGUGGCACAUUUGAGAUUGCAGUUGAGCUGACAGAGCAUGUAGCUGAGUGGGUGGGCUCCAUGGACACUUGGCAGAACAGCCAGGCAAACCCUUACAAGAAGACGUACCCUCCGCAGGUCAUGGAGAAGGCUCUGGAAAUGGCCGAAGGCAUCCAAGUGACCAGCGCGCCUGUCCGCACCACGAGAGACGAACUGGUUGCCAAGGUGAAGAAAAGAGGCAUAUCAAGUAGCAAUGAAGGGGUAGAAGAACCCUCCAAGAAGCGAGCUGUUGAGAAAAGCAAAGAUUCUAAGGAUACUGGAAAGGAUGCGAGAACAACCAAGGCAGAAGUCCCAAAGGAAGCAGAGAGCACGUUGCCAAAAAAGCAGGAAAAAGGUACUAGCAAAGAUCCAGAAAGUUCCCAGUCACCUUGUAGUUCAAAUCAGGAAAUGGUCACAGCAUCAGACACAGAAACAGAAGGAAAACCUGCUAAUGCUGAAAAUGCUCCUGAGCAAAAUGCAUCUUCAUCUGAAAAAGAGUCAGGAGAGAAGCCUUGCUCAAAUCCACCUAAGGAAAGCAAGUGUGAAAAUGAGCCAUCACCUGAAAAGAAAACUGCAGCUAGUGCCCCAGCAUCAGUGUCCAAGAGCGGCACUCAGGCGGGCACCUCGCUGCUGCUGGCCCCAAAGAGUGGCACUCAGGCGGGCACCUCGCUGCUGCUGGCCCCCAAGAGCAGCACUCAGGCAGGCACCUCGCUUCUGCUGGCCUCCAAGGGCACUGCUAAGGCAGGCUCCUCACUCCUGGCCUCCAAGAGCAGCGCUGAGGUGGCUGCCUCAUUGUUGGCUGCUCGGAGCAGCGCUCCGCAGGGAUCCUCCCUGCUGACUUCCAAGAGCAGUGCUCAGGUGGCUGCAUCGCUGCUGGCUGCUCGGAGCGGUGCUCAGCAAGGUCCCUCGGCACUGGCUUCCCGGGGUGGAGCUCAGGCAGGUGCUUCCUUGCUGGCCUCAAAGAGUGGCUCACAGGCAGGUGAAAGCCCUGCUAAGGCUUUGUGCAAACCCUUAACAAGCGAAGAUGCAAAGGAAAGACAACCUUUUUUCAACAGACUAUAUAAAGCAGUAGCCUGGAAACUGGUUGCUGUUGGAGGCUUCAGUCCAAACGUAAAUCACGUUGAACUUCUAAACUCGUCUAUUCAGUCUGUAAAAGCUACUUUAGAUGUUGCUUUUGUUCCCCUGAAGGAACUUGCAGACUUGCCUCAAAAUAAGAGCUCUCUAGAAAACAUAGUUUGUGAACUGAGGUGCAAGUCUGUCUACUUGGGUACUGGCUGUGGUAGAAGUAUGGAAAAUGCCAAAGCGGUUGCUUCAAGAGAAGCUUUGAAAUUGUUCCUCAAGAAGAAAGUUAUUGUGAAGAUAUGUAAAAGAAAAUAUAAAGGUAGUGAAAUUGAAGAUUUGGUACUUCUGGAUGAAGAAUCAAAACCUUUGAAUUUACCUCCAGCUUUAAGAAAUCCUCGUGAGAUCUUGUAG